UUUCGCGCGCACGUUAAGUCACCAAUAGGUUAGCAUGCGCUUUACUCACUCACAAAUUGCAUCUUGAAGUCUUGAAGUUCAUUCGGGUUUGGUGUCCAAGAUGGCCGCGAUGACAGAUACGUUGAGCUGUCCAUUGUAUGCUGGAUACGCCUAAAUUUCCAGUUUUUCAUACUUGAUACAUGUUACAGUAACAUGAAUAGAAUUACUCGGGAUAUUGUCACAAUAGACGAAGAAUGCACGACGGACAAAUGACUUUUUCAGACACGCCUCAUACGUAUGCUACAUUUUGUGUUCAGUCUGUGUUUUCACGGCGAGUAAUUCAUUCUGGAGAAGCAAGAACCUGCUACAAGGAAAACGAUUAGAGACAGAAUUGUGAUAUUUAUGUAUUAGAGAACUUGAGUUCUUCUUAGAGUAUUAGAAACCAUGGAAGCAAUUGUUGAAUACAACUACGAAGCCCAAGCGCCUGACGAGUUAACUAUAAAAAGGGGAGACAUUAUCCAGGAGAUCAAAGUGAUUCCAGGUGGUUGGUGGAAAGGAACUCUGAGGGAUAAACGUGGCAUGUUUCCUGAUAACUUCGUCAAGGUUUUAGAUCCUCCAUCAAGUAGAAGCACAGGAGAGAAAGUAGCAAAUAAUGUGACUGAAGAAGUUACAUUGAGAAAUGGAGGAUCCAGAAAAAAAUUUUGUAAAGUACUUUUCGAUUAUGAGCCAUGUAACAAAGAUGAACUAACAUUGACACCUGAAGAUACCAUUGAAUUUUUGGGUGAAGAAGAGAAAGGGUGGUGGAGAGGUAGACUUAAAGGCAAAGUUGGAGUUUUUCCUUCGAAUUUUGUAACUCCUCCAUUUUAUGAAGAUUCUGACAAAUGCAAAGAUGAAGACAAGAAAGAUUACUGUAAAGUAUUGUUUUCUUAUGAAGCUGCUAGCGAAGAUGAAUUAACGUUAAUGGAAGGAGAAAUAAUAACACUCUUGUCUAGAGAUGCUCCUGAUAAGGGUUGGUGGAUAGGAAAACUGAAAGGUAAAGUGGGUUUAUUUCCUGACAAUUUUGUUGAAGUGAUAACUACUACGUCAGAACUUCAAGACCAUGAACAGAAACAUGAUUCCAAAAAUAACACGAAACUUUCUCAACCAUCGACGAAGAGUAAAAAGGCGCACGUUAGAAAAAGUUUAGAUGUAGAAAAUGUACAUGCAGUAGAAACAACUAAGAAAGUCAUAUCAAGGAGGAAGUCUCGAGAAGAAAGUAGCGGAGAUAUAAAAACUAUAGGGGAACAUUCAAUCAUAUCAAACUUGAAACGUCUCGUAGGUGACGUGGAAACCAAUAGUGGUAAUGGAAGUACCAAUACUUCUUUGGGUGAGGAGUUAGAUGGAGUAGAACGAGGAGAAGGGGCACCGCUUUUGCAUUUAACAGCAUCUCGAGCCAAAGCACCCCGACGACGUCCACCUUCUUCUCAACGUUUACUACGUCGAGCUGCUGGACCAACCCCUAUGACAGCAGUUAAUGAGGAUAACGUAGCAAAUGAAAGUAUAGACACCGUAUUAGAGCAAUCACGUGAAGAAGAACCUGAAGGAUUAACGGCAAAAGCAAGGAGAAAAGCACCUUGGGCGGAGGAAUUAAAAUGGAAUCGAUUCGAUAGAUGGAAAGUUGCAUACGUCGAUCAAGUUGACAAAUCUAAAGUUAAGAAAAAACGUAAUGUCAUGAAAACACCAACAAUAGAAAUUUCUAGAAUGACAUUCCUAGAAGCCAUUAAUAACUUAGAAGCUGAACUACCUGAUGACAGUAAAUCUAAAGACAAAAAUCAGAAAUCUGACAUGUCUCCACAUUCUGAGCAGACAUCACCUACUUCUGGAAACCCUGCUUAUGUUCCAUAUGCUGUGUACAAUCAGUUGUUAGAAAGGGUUGCCACUUUAGAAGAGAAACAAGCAAUGAUGUUACAAACUAUGGUAAAGGUAUUGCAACAAUUUGUAUUUCUUCACUUUUCAAACGACAGUCCAACAGAUCAAUAGAUGUCAACGCAUAAAUUUAGCAGUAUGUUUUCUAUGUAUAGUAAUACAAAUGCGAAGUUCUUGAUUUCAAUAAGGAACAAGCUAUGGUUACGCUACUUCUAAUCGCACACCUUUCAUAUUUUCAGUAUAUAUUUUAUACAAUACAAAAGGCCUUGGUUUCUCUUUCCAUUUUAAAUGGAAAUGUUAGUGUAACUUAUAUUAUAUCAUUCGUCUAUUUAUUCGCGUACAUAGCAAUAUUUACCUGAUAUUGUUUAAAACAAAACAUUCUACAUGUUAUUUUUUACAUAUGAAAGUAUUUUCUUGAUUUGCAUAUGAUCUCAGUGUAACUGCCUAAUUUCUUUAUUACUCUGGUAUUGAUAUCAAUAGAGUAAAAAUCAAAGAUAUAGUAAAAUUCAUUCCACUUUUAUAUUUUCAUGAAUUAUAAUCAAAUAAUAUAUUUUUUCUUAAUAUUUUAAAUUAUAUUUAAAAUUAUUUUUUAAGCAUUAACGAUAUUUAUUAAACACCUGAUAAUAUAUCAUUCUGAUACGCCUUCCUAAUCUUUUCGCAAUAGCGGAACUGGCCAAAAAAGUGCUAUCACAAUGGAGCACCUGGAAAAUUUAUUUCCUCAUUUUAAAGAUUUUAUCAAGAGAUGCUAUUUCAUAAUUACAUGUUCCUUGCUAAAGUUUAUUUAAAUAAAACUCUUUUUGUGUUAACAACAAACAAAUGUCGUUGCUACAUAAUAUUAUUAUAUUUUAACAAUGGGCUGGCUAUUCGCGCGUGGUUUGCUAUAGUGGCAUUUUCGUACUUAGGGGAAAAUUCACGGGGGUCGCUAUAGAGACCUGUAGUAGCGAAAGAGCUAAACUAUAUGUUGAAACUAUAAAGAAUGUACUUGUACUUAAAUCGUUAUUAAUGAAAAUUAUAUAAUUUGUUUUCCGUUAAGGAGCUGCCUCGCAAAUAAUCAUUUUUAAAUCAAUUAUAUAAUUCAAGUGCCAAUAUAUUUAAUUUUCUCUCACAUAAUUCCGUAACUUUAUUAUAAAAAUUGUUUAGUUCUAAUUAGUUAUAUUUUAAGAAAUAUUCAAAUAUCUUUAGCAGAAAAUGUAGAAAUGAUUUCUUAAUCAAUUAGCGAAAUAUAUUCUUUCUCUUCAUAAGCAACGCAAACUGGUGCUACACAAUAAAAUAGUUGUGAUAUGCUGUAUCGCAUACAUUGUAGUACGACUAAAUGAGGCAGCGAACUAUAAUUAAUAAUUUUUAUCCUAAUUAAAAUUAAUAACAUCGGAGCAACAAGACAUAUUGAUGCUCUUUUUUUUAAGAAACAAAAGAAAAUACAUAAUGAUAACUUUAUUCUAUAUAAUCACGAAACUGUUGAAUAUUUAAAAUCUUUUUAUUUUUUUAAAAGAAACAAAAUUUUCAGUAAAUACGAUGCGAUUAGAGAUAUAUAUGAGAAAUACGAACCAGAACAAUAUCUAAUUUUUUAUAUUAGUAACAAAUAGAAAUAUUUUAUGCUUCACUUUCACAUGUAUUAUUUUAAACUGUACCUUAGUUGUAUGUCAUAGUAUAAAUACACACUAUCCUAAAUAAAACUACUACUAUAAUUCGCAAUUUAGCUGUCAUCUUGAAAAGUCAUCUAGUCUGAAAGACACAGAUUGCAGUGAUUAUAAGAUUAAAGUGCCACGGCCAAUAAAACUAAUUGUCACAAUGAAUGUCAUUGUUAACAAAUAUUUCCUUCAAAAGGUAAUAAUAAACUAUACUGAAAACUA